AUGUUUGUGGUGUUAUCAUUGGUUUUGGCUUCGUCGUCUUCACCGUAUCUUGCAUGGGCAAGUGAUGAAGCAUCAUAUUUCAAUGUCACCGAUUAUGGAGCCAUAGGUGAUGGCCGUACAGAGAAUUCACAAGCAUUUCUCAAGGUGUGGAAUGUAGCCUGUAAAGCAUCGGUUAAAUCUCCGACGAUAUAUGUUCCACGUAACAAGACAUUUUUAGUGAACCCCAUAAUUUUUCACGGCCCUUGCACUGCAUUAACGAUCAAUUUCUUGAUUUUAGGGACAAUUGUAGCACCGGACACACCUAAAUCAUGGGAUGCGAAAAAUGCAAGCGAGUGGUUGGCAGUUAUGAACACGAAUGGCUUAACCGUUGAUGGUUUUGGUGUGAUCGACGGUCAGGGCAAGGCCUGGUGGGACCAGUCUUGCAAAUAUCAUCCUCAAUUGAAAAAUUGCACGACUUUAGCUCCAACUGCGUGGAAGUUUAUUAAAUGCAACAACAGCAGUGUUAGGAAUAUGAGGUUUAUAAAUAGUGCUCAAACGCACAUACUCAUCACGGGGUGCGAUGGCUUCGUUAUUCAAAAUGUGGAAAUUGCGUCACCGGGAAACAGCCCCAACACCGACGGCAUUCACAUUCAAGCAUCUCACCAUCUCAACAUCACCCAUUCUAACAUCACCAACGGUGAUGAUUGUAUAUCAAUUGGUGACCACACUUCUGAUCUCAGCAUAAGCAAUAUUCAAUGUACACUUGGUCACGGAAUCAGCAUUGGAAGUUUAGGAAGAGGAGGAAGCCUGGUGCAAGUAGAGAACAUCAAUGUAACUGACUGCAUCUUCAAUCAAACCUCAAAUGGAGCUCGGAUCAAAACAUGGCAGGUGGGAACAGGAUAUCUCAAGCACGUCGCAUUUGAAAGACUUACAUUCAACAACGUCAAGAAUCCUAUAAUCAUCGACCAAAACUACUGCAACGUCAGUGGCGCAUGCCCGGAGCUGAAAACUGGAGUUCAAAUAAGCAAUGUAUCUUACCGACAUGCAAUGGGGACAUCAGCAACGGAGAUCGCCAUUAAUUUCAACUGUAGCAAGUCUGUACCGUGUCAUGCAAUAGCGAUUGAAUCAGUAAAGCUAACAUCAGCCAUAGCUGGAAAACGAGUCACUGCAAAUUGUAGCAAUGCAUAUGGUAAAGAACAUGAAAUCGUUCCUGGCCCGUGUCUUCUACAUGAAACACAGAGCAAGACGCCAUGA